AUGUUUAUUUCCCAAAGGAAGAUGAAGCAUUUGAGUCUCUUUGCUGUAACUGCUCUCCUGCUCUUCAAUGGAUGUUACUGCACUUCCACAACAGCACUAUCUUCGGUCAUCUCCAGCACCUCCAGCAUCUCCAGCACCUCCAGCACCUCUAGCAUCUCCAGCACCUCCAGCACCUCCAGCACCUCCAGCAUCUCCAGCACCUCCAGCAUCUCCAGCACCUCCAGCACCUCCAGCACCUCCAGCACCUCCAGCACCUCUAGCAUCUCCAGCACCUCCAGCACCUCCAGCAACUCCAGCACCUCCAGCACCUCCAGCACCUCCAGCAUCUCCAGCACCUCCAGCACCUCCAGCAUCUCCAGCACCUCCAGCACCUCCAGCACCUCCAGCAUCUCCAGCACCUCCAGCACCUCCAGCACCUCCAGCAUCUCCAGCACCUCCAGCACCUCCAGCAUCUCCAGCACCUCCAGCACCUCCAGCACCUCCAGCACCUCCAGCAACUCCAGCACCUCCAGCACCUCCAGCACCUCCAGCAUCUCCAGCACCUCCAGCACCUCCAGCACCUCCAGCAUCUCCAGCACCUCCAGCACCUCCAGCACCUCCAGCAUCUCCAGCACCUCCAGCACCUCCAGCACCUCCAGCACCUCCAGCACCUCCAGCACCUCCAGCAUCUACAAUGCCUGCCAAUCCAGCCGCAAGCACAACCACCUCAGCGGCCGGAGCAGCAGCUUCAACAGCGCCCACGAUGACCACGGCUUCAACUACAAGUGCAGCAAGAGCUACAGCUUCGUUUCCGGUCUAUCAGCUUCUCUGUGCAGGUAA